AAUAAGUGGAGAUAUUUCCCACUUCUCUUACUCGACCGUUGAUACGAGGUCCACGAACCACAAUUUCACUCACCCAACUCCUCCUGCCCCGCGCGUUCUCGCCGCUCAACGGAAAAGACAUCACGAGAAUACACCCAAUCCCAGACCCAUAUACCAUUUUUACAUAUACAGGAGCGACGGGAUACAAUAAUCAGAUUCACCUUGAUUAAUCAUGGCAAAACAACCUGUCCCUGCCCUUGAACCAAGGCACAUCGCUCAAUUCCAAUCUCGAUCUCAUGACAAUGAUGAGACUCAGAGGACCCAAGUGGACCUGUACGCCCCCUUUACGAGCGACACCAUCCUGCAAGUCCGCACAGGCAAGAUGAAGCCGCUAGUGCGCGGGCUUGCCGUGCAAUCGGGCAUUGACAAGACGAUCCGCGACGGGCCGGUGCGCGUGACCAAGAUGGGACUCGAGGGCGACGAGCACGAUCCUACCUUUCACGGGGGCCUUGACAAGGCCGUGCACGGUUAUUGCUGCUCCCACUACCCCACCUGGCAAGCCGAGUUCCCCUCGGCAGCAGAAUCAUUCCUACCAGGCGGGUUUGGGGAGAAUCUAGUCUUUGCCCACCUCAACGAGCGGAACCUCUGCAUAGGCGAUACCCUUGAGGUGAUUACUUCCAACCCUGACUCUGCCAACGGCGACGCAUCAACCCCUCAACCGGAAUCCCUCCUCCUGCAGGUCAGCCUCCCCCGACAGCCAUGCUUCAAGCUCAACCAGCGCUUCCAGCUCAAGAACUUUGCUCCAAACACGUGGAAGACUAGUCGGACGGGUUGGUAUUUCCGGGUGCUGCGGGAGGGGACUGUGCGCGCAGGCGAUGUGGUCCGAUUGGUGUCACGGCCGCAUCCGACGUGGACAAUCGAGCGGGUGCAGGAGUAUCUGCACAGGAACCCCGGGGACGCGGCGAUGAACGAGGAGUUAGCGGGGAUCGACGAGUUCGGUGCCGAGUGCAAGAACGCGUUCCGGACUCGGGUGGCUAAGCAGCGGGCCAAGGAGCGGCGAGAGUCAUUGCAGGGUGCUAAACAAGCACAGAAGUGGAGAGAGUAUAGGGUUGUGGAAAGGACGCGGCAGACGGCGAGGAUCGCGUCGUUCGUCCUUGAGGCAGUCGAGCCACUUGGCAAUGAUGGCGAUGAGGAGAUUGAGCUCAAGCCCGGGGCGCACGCCAAACUCAGGCUCGGUAAUGGUCUCGUGAGGGCUUACUCUAUUGUCGACGGCAACCGGAAUCGGUUCCAGCUGGGGAUCGCGCUGGGCGAGAAGAGCCGCGGUGGGUCCAGGUACCUGCACGAGACGGUCCAAGUCGGGCAUACGGUGCAGGUUGGCGCCAUCACGGGCUCAGUACCCGUCGUCAGCGCCGCGAGCCAUCACAUCUUCGUGGCUGGCGGGGUUGGCAUCACGGCCUUCCUCUCACUGGUGGAACAGUACAGGAAGAUCCACUACAGCGUGGGGCUGCACUAUGCGGUGCGCUCAGCCGACGACGUGCCCUUCCGUGAUCGUCUGGCUAGGCUGGGCGACGACUGCGUCGUGAUCUACGACAAGGCUGCAGGGCAGCGGCUCGACGUGCGCCGAAUUAUUGAGAACAUGCGUUGGAAUUCGCAGUUGUAUUUCUGCGGACCGAAGCGUCUCAUGGAUGAGGCGGCCAAGGAGACGAAAGCACAUGGCAUUGCUGACGGGGAGGUGCACUUUGAGGCAUUCGAGGCCGAAAUCUCGGGUGAUCCCUUCGAGGCGGUAGUGGCCAACAAGGGCGACAGGCUUAUCAAAGUAGGAGAGGAGGAGACGCUGCUGGAGUGCCUCCAAAAACACUUCGACGAUGUUGAUUCCAGCUGCGGUGUUGGCAACUGUGGCACAUGCCGGGUGAGUCUCCGGGAUGGUCGGGUAGACCACCGGGGAAGUGCACUCACGGAAGCCGAGAAGGCGACGUCCAUGUUGGCAUGCGUCAGCAGGGGUAUCGGACGCAUCACCAUUGAAAUAUGAGCAUGGCGGCUUGCAGGACUUGCAGGGGAAGAGUGUUACACCGUCAAUGCAGAGAAUUCUGGUGAGACGGUGGCUUCUCCAGAAACAUUCCGUCAGAUAUUGACCAUGUAUGACGCCGUUCGGAAGAUGCAACCCGCUACGCUGUCACGCUUGCUCUCGAGCUACGGAACGUAGUCGCUCAUUAUGGCUAGUCGUCGGGCGGGCAGUAGGAUUAGGCUCGUUGGGCUUUGAUCCGAAGCCAAGAGAAACAAACGCUCCAACCGCAGCCCACAGAGCCAGGCUCCAAGUUGUUGUUCCCCAGCCUGGCCCGGCGUUCAGGUAGCCAGACAUGAUGCUGCCGAUAGUGCCGCCUAGUGCGAAGGCGGUGGUCCAUAGGCCGUAU